AUGCGGCCGGUUUCUUUCACACCACUCUCCCCUCCCCACCUGUUUCCCCACACCGGUUUCCCCCCUCCCCACCUGCGCCCUCCAUCCGCUCAUGACGGUUCCUCCCUUUCAGGCAUUCAGGUGGAGGGGGGUGGCAUCACCACAGGGGCAGCGGUGUCAGUGGAGGGAGAGGUGGUGGAGAGUCAGGGCAAGGGCCAGAAGAUUGAGAUCAAGGCUAAAAGACUCACGCUAGUACGUGCCUGGUGGGGUGGCAGCGAUGGCAGCACGUACCCUCUGCAAAAGAAGAAGAGAGUUUUGAGACGUGCUGCCAUCGCUACUGCCCCUCUCAAGACUCUUCUUCUUUCACGUGUUCCUCUCCUCCUCUAUCGUGCGGUGGCGGCAGUGAUGGCAGCACGUACCACCCUGCAAAGAACCGCACUCCUUGGAGUAUCUUCUUCGCACCAUAGCUCACCUGAGACCUCGCACCAACACCAUUGGCGCUGUGAGUUGACCAUGUUUAGACGGGAAGAUAAGAAGCGCCUUGAAGUACGCGGCAUGGUUUGGAGUAUCUUAUGCACCGCAUCGCACGUUAGACCAUUCACCAACACCAGAUCACAUCCCACUGCUGGCUGCUACUAUCACAUCCAAACCCACCCUGUUACACAUCCCACUGCUGGCUGCUACUAUCACAUCCAAACCCACCCCUGUUCACAUCCACUGCUGGCUGCUACUAUCACAUCCAAACCCACCCCUGUUCACAUCCCACUGCUGGCUGCUACUAUCACAUCCAAACCCACCCCUGUUCACAUCCCACUGCUGGCUGCUACUAUCACAUCCAAACCCACCCCUGUUUCACAUCCCACUGCUGGCUGCUACUAUCACAAUCCAAAACCCACGCCCUGUUCACAUCCCACUGCUGGCUGCUACUAUCGACAUCCAAACCCACCCCUGUUCACAUCCCACUGCUGGCUGCUGCUAUCACAUCCAAACCCAACCCCUGUUCACAUCCCACUGCUGGCUGCUGCUAUCACAUCCAAACCCACCCCUGUUCACAUCCCACUGCUGGCUGCUAACUAUCACAUCCAACCCACCCCUGUUCACAUCCCACUGCUGGCUGCUACUAUCACAUCCAAACCCACCCCUGUUCACAUCCCACUGCUGGCUGCUACUAUCACAUCCAAACCCAGCCCCUGUUCCACAUCCCACUGCUGGCUGCUACUAUCACAUCCAAACCCACCCCUGUUCACAUCCCACUGCUGGCUGCUACUAUCACAUUCCACUCCGUGUGGUGUCCUUGAGUACAACUGCGCAGUGCUCUGGCCCAGACCUACCACCGCUUGUUCCAGUCACAAUGCCUUUGUGUGUGGUGGCAAUGGCGGUUGUCUUUCCUUAUUACCUUUCCGCGCAUCCCACCCCUCUCCCUCGCACUGCAGGUGUCCCCGGGUGCGCAGUGCCUUGGCACAGGCAAUCGCACCGCUUCUUCCAGUCGCACGGAUUCGUGUGGGGUGGCAUCGCCCAUCAUCACUGCCUCUGACUGGUGAAGGGGCGGGCGACCAGUUCCGAGUCACCACGCUGGUGGGUGUGUGGGGUGGAGUUUGUGUGUGUGGGUGCAGAGGGAUUGGUGCACGUGUCUGGUGGGGUGGGUGGGGGUGGGAGUUUGUGUGUGUGGGGGCAGAGGGAAAGGUGAAUGACGUGGCCCAGGUGAAUGACGUGGCACAGGUGAAUGACGUGGCACAGGUGUAUGACAUGGCACAGGUAAAUGACGUGGCACAGGUGAAUGACGUGGCACAUGUUAAUGACGUGGCACAGGUGAAUGACGUGGCACAGGUGAAUGACGUGGCACAGGUUAUGACGUGCCACAGAAAUGCUACCGCGCGUGUGCUUGUGUGUGCAUGCAUGCCGCAGGAUUUCUUCAAGCGCCCGGCGUACCUCACAGUGUCGGGGCAGCUGAAUGCGGAGAUCUAUGCCUGCGCCCUGCACGAUGUGUACACGUUCGGUCCCACCUUCCGAGCAGAGAACUCCAACACCUCGCGCCACCUCGCCGAGUUCUGGAUGAUCGAGCCUGAGCUGGCAUUUGCUGACCUGGCAGAUGACAUGGCAUGCGCCACGGCAUACCUCAAUUUAGGGUGGGUGAAGAAGGAUAAGAAGGAGGUUAUACUCGCUAUGCCGCCUCUGCUAGCUUGCCCUUUCCUCACAAUCCUCCUCCCUUUCAACCCUUUCCUCUUUUCUCUCUCCUCCAUCUCCACCCCCUCCCCUCCUCUCCCUUUCUCUCCUCUUCCAGCUUCAGGAGGGGCCAUGAGCGAGUGUGCGGAGGACUUCAGUGUGCGGAGGACUUCAGAGUUCUUUGACAAGUUUGUCGAGCCGGGGAUCAUCCAACGGCUCACGUCGGUGGUGGAGAUUGAGUUUGAGCAUGUGCCCUACACAGAUGCCAUCAGCAUUCUCAAGAAGUCUAAGACCAGUUUGACUACCCGGUGGAGUGGGGGCAUUGACCUGCAGAGCGAGCACGAGAGGUACCUCACAGAGAAGGCCUUCAAGAACCGUCCAUCAUUGUCACUGACUACCCCAAGGUACCUCACAGAGAACGCAUUCAAGAACCAACCAACCCAUCAGUGCCACACGACUACCCCAAUCGACAUCAAGGCGUUUUAUAUGCGGCUCAACGAUGAUGGCAAGACCGUACCCGGUGAUGCAAUGAUGCAGCACAUCCCCCCCGACUCCCACCCACCGCCUUCUCUUCCCUGUGGCUUACUGCCCUCUCCCCCCCCUUUUCUCGACCCCACCCCCGCACAUGGUCAGCACAUCAAGGGGUUUUAUGUGCGGCUCAACGAUGAUGACAUCAAGGCAUUCUACAUGCGACUCAUACAUGGCAAGACCGUUGCAGCCAUGGAUUGUGCUCGUGCCGCGGGUGGGGAGUUGAUAGGCGGCAGUCAGAGGGAGGGAGGCGGCUGGAGGUGGGCUCGAUGCGGUUCAAGUAGGUGUGCUGAUAGCGGCAGUCAGAGGGGAGGAGCGCUGGAGGUGCUGGAGGGGCGCAUGAGGGACGUGGGGCUUGACCCCCAGGACUACUGGUGGUACCUCGACUCCGCCGAUACGGCUCAGCGGCUGGAGCUGCUGCUGGAGGGGCGCAUGAAAGAGACAUGGCCCAUUCCGUCUGUGCCUCCUCCCCUCAAUUUUCCCUCAAUCCCCCCUUUACGCCCCUCGCGCCCCUUCUUCCCCUUCUCUCAAGCAGCCUUUCAUGCGGGCUUUGCUCUGGGCUUUGCUCUCAAGUCCCCCAUGGCGGGGUUCGGGCUGGGCUUUGAGCGGCUGGUGCAGUUUUGCAACGGGCGGGGGGAAGAGGACCGAGGGUCCCCGUGUGGGCCUGAGAGCCGUCCCCCAGGGGGGGGAAGGGGACCGAGGGUCCCCGUGUGGCCUGAGAGCCGUCCCCAGGGGGGGAAGGGGACCCGAGGGUCCCCCUGUGGCCUGAGAGCCGUCCCCCAGGGGGGGGAUGGGGACCGAGGGUGCCCCGUGUGGCCUGAGAGCCGUCCCCAGGGGGGCAAGGGGACCGAGGGCCCCGUGUGGCCUGAGAACCGUCCCCCAGGGGGGGAAGGGGACCGAGGGUCCCCGUGUGGCCUGAGAGCCGUCCCCCAGGGGAGGGAAGGGGACCGAGGGUCCUAG